UGUCAUAAUUUUUGGUAUAGUAGUUGUGACUUAUUCACACUUUAUACAUUUGGCUUCCGCAACAGGCCUACAGAGUGGACCAAGCUGGAGAUGUGAUGGAAAUGUUAAAUAAUGCAAGAAAUAAAAGAAAAACCUUUGUUUGUUCUGUUUUUAAAUUGAGAAAUUUGGAACUUUUGGCAAUUUGUAGUAAUCAUACUAAGUGAUAUUCUGCCUUCUAUCACACACAUAAGAGAGAAAGAAGGACAUGGCUUAUGCUGCUGUUACUUCCCUUAUGAGCACCAUACAACAAUCUAUGCAGUUUACUGGAUGUAAUUUGCAGUCGUUCUACGAAAAGCUUGAAUCCUUGAGAUCUAUUUUGGAGAAACCAUUGAAAGUAAUAGGCGAUGAUAUUGAGGUAUUGAAAAGUUUGGAAGCUGAAAUCAUAGAGCUAGCAUGUAGCGCGGAAGGUAUGGUUGAAUCUGUAUCAAGGAAAGUUUUCUUAGCAAAAAACGCAGUUACACGAAGAAUAGAUUCUUGGGAACUUUUUUCCCUCUUGAAACAAGCAGUAGGACACAUUGGUUUCGCGAUGAACAAGUGGAUGGCAGUGCAGAACAUGUAUACCAAUAGCAAAGAUCUGGAAGCACAAAAUUUGUCUCUUGCCGAUGUAUCUCAACCUGCCUUAGAGCUUGAGAAUACGAUGGUUGGUCAUGAAACUGAAUUCGAGAUGCUGCAGGAUCAACUUACCAGAGGAGCAAGUGAACUAGAAGUUGUCUCGAUUGUAGGGAUGGGUGGCAUAGGCAAGACAACUUUGGCUAACAAAAUUUACAGUGAUCCGUUCAUUAUGUCUCACUUUGACAUUCGUGCAAAAGCUACUGUUUCACUAGAGUAUCGUGCGAGAAAUGUACUCCUAGGCCUUCUUUUUUCUAUAAGUGGAAAGACUUAUGAAUUUUAUGAUCAGCAAGAUGUUGGGCAACUAGCAGAUCGACUCCAAAAGCUUCUAAAAGGCGGGAGGUACCUGGUAGUCAUUGAUGACAUAUGGACUACAGAAGCUUGGGAUGAUAUAAAACUAUGUUUCUCAGAUUGUAAUAAUGGAAGCCGGAUACUCCUGACUACUCGGAAUGUGGAUGUGGCUGAAUAUGCUAGCUCAGGUAAGCCUCCUUUCCAAAUGCGCCUUCUGAAUUCUAAUGAAAGUUGGAAUUUACUCUGCGGAAAGGUCUUUGAGAAAGAAUAUUUUUCUCUUGAAUUUGACAUAAUCGGGAAAGAAAUUGCAUUAAAAUGUGGAGGAUUACCUCUAGCAAUUACUGUGAUUGCUGGACUUCUCUCCAAAAUUGGUAAAGCAUUGCAUGAGUGGCAAAGUGUUGCCGACAAUGUAAGUUCAGUGGUAAGCACAGAUGUUGAUGCCCAAUGCAUGAGGGUGUUGGCAUUGAGUUACCAUUACUUGCCUAAUCACCUAAAACCGUGCUUUCUAUAUUUUGCAAUCUUCCCAGAGGAUGAACUAAUUUUUGUAGAUAAACUUGUGGAAUUAUGGGCAGCAGAGGGAUUUUUAAAGGUGGAAGAGAUGAAAAGCAUAGAAGAAGUGGCAGAAAAAUAUAUAAAAGAUCUUAUAGAUAGAAGCUUAAUUUUCAUCCACAAUUUGAAUUUUGAUGGGAAAAUCGAGAGUUGUGGAAUGCAUGAUGUGACACGUGAACUCUGCUUAAGGGAAGCUCGAAAUGUGAAUUUUGUGAAUGUUAUUGGAGAAAACGAUGAUCAAAAUCCAUUAGAGCAAUCCAUGCAUUUUUCAUCUAACGGUCAAGGCCGGAUCAGUAUCCAAUUGAACCAAGUGUUUCACGGUAUAAUUGAGAAAAGUUUGGAUAUGUAUCCUAAUAAUGAGGUCCGUUCCAUUAUCUGUUUUAAAGGGACCUGGUUUGUUCAAAAGUCAUUGCGUUUCAAGCUAGUAAGAAUACUAGAUCUUGCUUUAGUGAGAUGUGGUACUUUCCCCAGCGGAAUACUUGAUUUAAUUCAUUUGAGAUACCUUGCUUUGACUCUUUCUCCUGCCGUGGAGAAGUAUAUAGGAAAAGAAAUUCCCUCAUCAAUAGACAUUCCUCCAUCAAUAUCUAGCCUAUGCUAUCUGCAAACUUUUAUACUUAAUUUUCCACAUCUCAAGCGUUGGCAAUGGGAGCGGCCAUAUCCUUUCAUAUUACCAUCAGAAAUUUUGGCGAUGCAGCAAUUGAGGCACCUCCGUUUGGAUUGGAAUUACUUGCGAUAUCAUGAGCCUACAGAGAAAAGUUUGGUCCUGAAAAAUUUGCAACAUCUGUCCGGAUGGAAUCCUUGGUAUUGUACUAGUUCUGUUUUUAGACUAUUUCCCAAUUUAAAGAAGUUGCAAAUACAUGGCAUCGCGGAAGACUUUUAUAGUUGCAGGAACAUCUAUGAUUUUCGCUGCUUAGAUCAGCUUGAGGAAUUGGAGUUUCAUCUGUAUUAUAACUAUCUUCCGGUUCGUCCUUUCUUUCUGAAAAGCAGACCUUCAGAUUACUUAAGGUUUACAGGGCGAAAACGACCACAUUCAGGUACUUUGCGACCUUUGCUCCUUCCACCAGCAGAUGUAUUUCCACAAAACCUCAAGAAGUUAGCUUUUAGUCGGACUUUUUUGAGAUGGAAUGAUUUGAGCAUUGUUGGUAAGCUGCCUAAACUCGAGGUCCUUAAACUAACAUAUCGUGCCUGCAUAGGCGAGGCGUGGGAAGUAGUAGAUGAAGGAUUUCCUAGCUUGAAACUCUUGCUCCUGGAAGAUUUGGAUUUUGAGUACUGGAGAGCCAGUUGUGAUCACUUUCCGUGCCUUGAACGACUAUUUCUUGAACGUUGCAGGUUCUUGGAUUCAAUUCCUCAAGAUUUUGCAGAUAUAAUCACACUUUCUCUAAUUGAUAUAAGGAGGUGUAAAGAAUCUGUUGGGAAUUCUGCUAAGCAAAUUCAGCAGGACAUGCAAGACAACUAUGCAAGUUCGGUCGAGGUCCAUAUCUCUGAGAUUGAUAAUACAGGUGCUAACCGUUAUGAGUUCUAAAUUCUAAUAAAUGUUAAUAUUGUAAUUAUAGUAAAUUUUGUUAUUAUUGUAAUAUUGUAGGCCUAUUUAUAUACACUUUUUUUCUUUCUAUGCCUGGUGGAAAUAAGAAUGUGUAUUGAUGAUCGUACCUUAAAUCUAGUCACGAUGAAGGACAAAUUUCCCAUUUAUGUUAUUGAUGAACUACUAGACGUGUUGUAAGGAGCACAAUUUUUUUCAAA